AUGCUGACGCUAAAUUACGGAGGACAAAACAAAGAUGAUGAAGAUGGGGCCGUUGCUUGUAGAUGCAGAAGAUUGAAGGUUUUUCCGAGCGCAACAGGUCAUGACAAUGGACUAUUCCGGAAAGGCAUGAAGGUUGGUCAUUCAAGGCUUGGGAACUUAGCACUUCAAGAAUUCCAGGAGCAUGAUUUAUUAUUCUUCUUUUUCGCAACUUCUAAGCAAGCUGCCACUGACUCUGAUGCACUUAAUUUGGAAGCCUCCAUCUUUGCUCUGAUUUCUACAUUUUCAGUCUCUAAUAUGUGUAAAAAUACUUAG